UUUAGGAAACUUGUGAUGACUAUUGACUGGUUGAGGAUAUUUAAAGAAUUGUUGUUGUUACCAAUUUAAUGUUUCUUGGAAUUUCUCAUAACCUGUUUUUCUUGCUUCUGUUUGGGCAGUUGUCAACUUUUGUUAUAUCCGUAGCUCCAAUUAAUGCUCUGUUUCAGUGAAUUUUAUUUCCAAAUGUUUUACCUAAAUGAUGAAGACAAUGGAGGAAGAAAAGAGUAGUGAAUUCUACAACUAUUCACACCAUUUUGAUUUGGACACUGGACUAGAGAAGAACUAUAUUGAGCUGAAGAAGAAACAAUUACAUGGCGGCAGACGCAAUGAUUCUACUAAGGAAGAGGUUAAUCAUGCUCAUGAGGAUCUGGUUAGAGAAAUUGCUCUUCUGGAGCUGGAUAUUAUGUGUUUGGAGAAGUAUCUUCUUUCAAUGUAUCGGAAAAUAUUUGCCAAGGGAUUAGAAUCACUGACCAAGAAGGAUGAUAGAACAAAAACUAAUACAACUCCCAAUGAAAAGAAGUUUGCAGAAGUGAAGGAGAAAAAUGACAAGUUGAAAGAAAAUCCAAGGACUAAUAGUAAUAGUCCCGUUUUGCCAACUUUGAGUAAUCCAAUCAAAGAAUGUGAUGAUGACAAACAAAAACUAGUUGACUCAACCAUUUUGAGAUGCCAUUCUUCCCUCUCACAUGCUGCUUGUUCCUUCAGAGCUUCACCUUCAGUUGCAGCUCUUGCUGAUGCUGUAGAUUCAUACCAUUCUAUGCCUUUAUCAAUGCUGGAGCAUGCUCAGCCAUCAACUUCAAACAGGAGUCUCACGGAACAUCAUGUUACUAGUUGUUCUAAUAAUCUUUAUCAUAACUCGCCAAGCCAGUUGUCUGAAGAAAUCAUCAAGUGCAUUUCAGCCAUAUAUUGUCAGCUUGCUGAUCCGCCUUUAUUCAACCGUGAUUUAAGUUUGUCUCCCGUCUCAGUCUCAUCAUCAACACUUGAAUCUUUUCCUCAAGCUCAGAGUGAUAUGCAGGGACACCAAUCCAUAGAAAAUUCAUCUUCCGAUACGUUGAACAAUCCGUUCCACUUUGAAGACUCAAAGGGAUUUAGCGGAUUCCUUGUUAGAAUGGUUGAGGUGCAAGGGCUGUGUCGAGAUAGUCAGAGCUUAGAUGGUGUUGAGCAAAUGCUAAAACAAUUUAGGUACCUAGUCUCAAAAUUGGAAGAAGUCGCCCCUAAGGAAAUGAGACAUGAAGAGAAACUAGCUUUUUGGAUUAAUGUCCACAAUGCACUAGUAAUGCAUGCAUUUUUGGUUCAUGGGAUUCCAAGAAGUAAUCUCAAGAGAGCAUCUUUACUUCUUAAGUCAGCUUACAAUAUUGGAGGGAAUACAGUAAGUGUUGACAUGAUUCAGAAGUCUAUACUCCGAUGCCAGUUACCUCGUCCCGGUCAGUGGCUUCAAUCAUUCUUCUUUACGAAACAAAGAUUUAAGGCUGGCGAUGCACGAAAGGGAUAUGCAAUAGAGCAUCCAGAUCCUCGCCUACGCUUUGCUCUGUGCUCAGGAAACCAUUCUGAUCCUGUGCUUCGUUUGUACACAUCAAAGAGAGUAUUCGAAGAAUUAGAAGUGGCUAAAGAUGAUUACAUUCAGGCAAACAUUAGGGUACACAGAGAACAAAAACUAGUCCUUCCAAAGAAUGUGGAAUCUUAUAUUAAAGAGGUGAAUUUGAGUCCAUCUGGUUUGUUCGAAACAAUAGAGUUAGCACUACCUUCUUAUUUGAGGAAGAACUUUCAGCAGCCGGAGCAACGAAAGUUGUGUAAGAAAAUUGAUUGGAUUCCUCACAACUUCAGUUUCCGCUACCUUAUUUCAAGUGAAUUGGCUGAGUUUUGAAUAUCAGAUGAAUCACAACCAAAGGGGGUGUUCAGAUUGAGAAGUGGUUCAAUUUUGUGAAAUAUUUGAACUUCUUGUGCAUGAGUGUGUCUUCAUGUUACCAAUUGAGUUUGUAAUAAUUUGGAUGGUCCAAACAUCAUUUAUUUUCUUUUU